GCAGGUACAGGUGGAGGCAACAGAGGGUCUUCGCAGUAUCUGGUAGCGAUGACCGCGAUUCCGUAUGCACAGAGCACCUCGCUCGAAUCAAGUCGAUAAGAGGCGUUCGCGGGAUGUUUCUUUUUUUGCUCAUCAUCUCCGGCAGGCUGGCCUCACGUGUUGAGACGAGCCGCGUGCCUGCCCAACGGCCAAGUACCAAACUUUGUAAGAACUUUAACGGUAAUUGCUGGAUAAAGUCAGCCUUACGAUACUCCACGAAUCUCUUCAAGGUUCAGGUUCAGUACCACGAUACGCGGGACGGCGUAAUCGGCACCACAAGGCCGCUGGAUCUCGCUUGUCGAUCGCUAUCUAGGGGCGCCUCACGUUGAUUGCAAGCCAGCGGGCACCGCUCUGUCCACUCUGAUCCCGCCCUCACGGACACUGCGGUUCUAGACAUCGAUCUUGGCCCUUGAUCCAAUCUACAGGCUCGGCCCUUUCUCC